AUGAAGUUCCCAGAGUACUUGUUGCAAAAGAAGUUUCCUUCUUACGCUUGGUGUGUUUUUCUGCUUUCAACAUUCUCUUUCUAUUGUUACAGAAAUAUCUUUUUACAAUCUGAAAUAGGUUUCAAGUUGCCUACCAUAAAUUUAGUCUCGGCGUUGAAUCAUUUUGAUGUUUUUGUAGUCUUGCCAUCUACAGAAAGAUUCGACCUAUAUGUGAAUUUGGCGAAAACCUUUGAAGCAUAUAAAGAGGACUAUCUAGAGCACUAUAAAGACUACAUACUUUUGCUUAAUAGUUACUUGAUACUAGGAGAAUCUCAAAUAGCAUUGAAAUACUACGCCUACAAGUACUACUUGAAUGAUGAGUACAAAGAGACGGAUUCUUUUGUCCUAGGGUCGCCCAUCGUCGAGUUCAAUCAAAAUUUCAACAAUCCAGUAGAGCUAAGUACAAAUAGAGAGCACAAUUUGAUCAACAAACACUAUCAUAACUUUGGUAUAAAGAAUAAUAAGGAAAGUUGCGAGAUGUUUUUCAAUGAUUACAUAUUCCCGUUAUAUAAGUCGCAAAGCAGUUGGAAAGAAGUCGAGGUUGCGAAGGCAAUGUCAACAAUUUUAAACCAAUGGACAUUGGCUAAGCGUUUACAAAUUGUUUGUUUCAUUGGAUCAUUGAUUCUAAUAGCGCUAUCUCUACUUUGUUUCACCCUCAGCAAAACAAAACCAAAUAUUCUUAUGAAAUCCGUCUGGGGAUACGUUUUGGUAAUAUCUUACUUUUUAGUUUUUGCAGUUAUGCUGGUCUUGACAUUUGUUUGCCUAUCAAUUACCAUAGUUACCUAUCGUUCUAACUUGAACUUCAAGGGACUUCACAACACAAGUUUCAACGUCUUGCAACUUGCUUGGCUCUGUUUCAUAGAAUACAUUUCUUUGAGCUGGGUAGUUAACUUCAAGAUUAAGAACGAUGCGCUAGACAGAGAAAAGGAGCUUGAUAAUGAAAACGACAGUCUAAAGGGCCAACUUCUUGCUCUACUGAAAACUUCACUGAGCUCUCAAGACUCAACCUCUGUGCUUGAUACAAGCAAAAAGGAUGCACAGACAGGUGGUGUUAAAGAUCUUCUAAACUCUGGGUUUAAUGCUGUGAGACCAAUCUUGACAACUGUAAAGCGAUUAAUGACACCAGGAAAAGAACUUCUAGACGAUGAUAAGACUGGGAACCCAUCUGGCAGCAACAGUAUAACAGUCGAAAGCUACAAUGGCCCGACUAUGGAAGAUAUUGAGAGAAUUAUCCAGUACACAAACAAUCAAAGUAACCUAAAUACUGCUGCUGCAGAUUUAAACGAAGUUCCUGCUGCAACAAAAGAGAUUCCAAUCGACCAACCAAUAACAACUGAAACAAAAAAAAACCUUUCUAAAGAGCCGUUCACAAAUUUCAAGGCUUUGAAUGUUGUGUCUGCUAUUUCCACUAGUCAUCCGGAUUGCUCACCCUUCACUAAAAGCAGUGCUACCGGGUCUCCUGAUUAUAAAUUUGAUGUAAGAUCCUCAAAAGAAUCAAUAAGUAAGAGUCUGGAAGAAAAACGAGCCGGGUUUUAUCAGCAUGCAGGAUAUUUGUUAAGUACCAAAUCUGAUGGCGAAAGUUUCAUUUCUGAGAAGCCUCCUCGCUCAGAGUUAUCAAGCAAGCUCUACUACAAGAAAAGCUCAAGGUCUCCGUUGACUCGAUCUUCAAUAAAUAGCGGUAAUAUACAUUAUGAGCUCAACACUAAGAGUGAAGAUGUUAAUAUCAAUUCGGGCACGACAGCUACACCAGACACAAAUAUUGAAUGGGAAAAAAAGUUUGGAUUGUCAAGUGCAAAAUCUAACGCAGAAACUGUACAGGUUACACCUUCAGGUGAGACUCGGAGUCACCACAGUGCAAUGAGCUCAAAAUAUAGUGGAAGAGAAAAAGUUCAAAGCCCAAAACAGUUAGCCAGUGGUGGCACUAUAAAGAGUAGCCCAAAAAGGAAAAUUGUAAGGGAUGUUGCACCAAAGGAGAGGAGUAAAAGUAAAUACGAAUUUUUUUUGCCAAGUACAGGAGCAACGUCGGAAUACACAGACACUUCGGUUGCAGGUGAAGAAGGUAUGAAAGUAUCUUCAAGUGCGGAAGAGAUAGACCCAAGCACUGCCUCCGUGAGAGAUGGAGAUCAGCAGGAAAGUGUCUUUUCUAUUGAUCGUAUUGUCCGUGAACAAAGCUUGAAGCAAAAAUAGAAAUAAAAAUAAGAAUAGGAGGUUGGCCUAUUUGUAUAGAUUGACAAAUAUAAUAGUAAUAUAUAGAUUGUACAACAAGCAUUGACACUCUAGAGAUGUUACGUAAGCGGACGGACUCCUGGCGGUCGAGUCCGGUAAAUUUAAC